UUUUGGAUUAUACUAGAUGCACAACUGCUGCCUGCUUGUGCAGAGAGUUGGUCUCGUGUAAUUUCAUCCUACGUGGAGUCUGAUGUUUUGUUGUUAGCUUGCUGCUUUGAAAAUAUGUAAAUGUUUUCUUUGUUAUCCAGGAAUCAAAAACAGCAUGUAUUGUUUAACGACAGGAUUCGAUAUAGCGACACUCCAAUUUCUGGGGGAAAAAAAAAUCAGCACCCAAUUUUGAGGUGCUGACACCCAGGGGAAUUAAACACGGCUAGCAGAGCAUCCCAAAAUCACAUAUUAUAUAGCACACAGGUAGAGCACUGUGAUUAAAAUUGUGAUCGCCGUGCAGCGUAAAUGCAGGGAGGUUUGUGCUGCCGGCUCUGCCACAGCUCCAGCCCUCCCCAGUGAGGAACGGAGGAGUCUGGUUUUUUGGGGAACACUGCUGAUAAUCACAUGAAUACUCACAUCACCCUGAAUUUAUGGAGUUGCAGAGUUAUACUGUUCAUGCUUGGCACACUCAGAGAAGCUGUAACGCAGGAUAUUUCUUCUAACAUGUGAUACCAUAUUUUUUUGUAGGAAAGGAAAAUUGCUAGCAGCUUUUAGCAGUGGAUGCUGAGCAGUUCUGUGACUGUCCUGAAGAUGACAACAACACUUCCCCCUGCCUUGGCUAGCAAGGAGGUGUGGGAAGAGGUUUGCAAGCAUUAACGCCUGCAGAGUGCUUGGCAAUCCAGGAUGAAGCAAAAUCAGGUUUACUCGUGGUGGAAAGCCCGUGCCAGGCUGCUCUGUGAACUCUCUGCUGGCAUUUGGGAAGCGGCUCCCCUUUUCCAGGCUCCGGUGGCAAUGGAGGAGGCGUGUGUUUCGCUGUUCUCCCUGCCUCAAAUCAUGGGCCAUCUCCUCGAAGGGUCCCUGAGAUGACCAAGGGGGGAAUGGAGUCAGUCGAAGUGUUCGUGGCUGAAGGCAAAGGCCGCGGCUUGAGGGCGCUGAAGGAAUUCCUGCCUGGGGAUGUCAUCUUUGCGGAGCCAGCCUACGCCGCCGUGGUUUUUGAUAGCCUGACUCACAUCAUCUGUCACACCUGCUUCAAACGGCAGGAGAGACUCCACCGCUGCGGCCAGUGCAAGUUCGCCUACUACUGCGACCGGACCUGCCAGAGAGUGGCCUGGCUGGACCACAAGAGCGAGUGCUCUGCCAUCAAGAGAUAUGGCAAGGUGCCCACUGAAAACAUCAGGCUGGCAGCCCGUAUCAUGUGGAAGAUAGAGAGGGAAGGCAGUGGGCUGACGGAGGGCUGCCUGGUCUCCAUCGACGACCUGCAGAACCACGUGGACAACUUUGGCGAGGAGGAGAAGAAGGAGCUGCACGCCGAUGUGGAGAGUUUCCUUGAGUUUUGGCCACCGCAGAGCCAGCAGUUUGGCAUGCAGUUCAUCUCCCACAUAUUUGGAGUGAUCAACUGCAAUGGCUUUACCCUCAGUGACCAAAGAGGACUGCAGGCUGUUGGUGUGGGUAUCUUCCCCAAUCUCUGCCAGGCCAACCAUGACUGCUGGCCCAACUGCACCGUCAUCUUCAACAACGGCAAUCAUGAGGCUGUAAGAUCAAUGUUCCACACACAGAUGAGGAUUGAGCUGCGGGCGCUGAGCAAGAUUUCUCCCGGGGACGAGCUGACCGUUUCCUACGUGGAUUUCCUCAACGUGAGCGAGGAACGGAGGAAGCAGCUGAAGAAGCAGUAUUAUUUUGAUUGCACGUGUGAGCACUGCAAGAAGCAGAUCAAGGAUGACCUGAUGCUGGCUGUGAAAGGAGGGGAGAACAAGCCCUCUGCAGAGAUGGUGAAGGAGGUUAUCCAGUUCUCCAAGGACACACUGGAGAAGAUCAACAAGGCCCGCUUGGAGGGAGUUUACCACGAAGUUGUGAGGCUGUGCCGUGAAUGCCUGAAGAAACAGGAGCCUGUGCUGGGGGAAACGAACAUUUACCUCCUGAGGAUCCUCAGCAUUGCCUCAGAGGUGCUCUCCUACCUCCAGAUGUUUGAGGAGGCAGCUGAAUACGCCAAGAGGAUGGUGGACGGCUACCUGAAAAUAUACCAUCCCAACAAUGCGCAGCUGGGGAUGGCUGUGAUGCGGGCAGGAGUGACCCACUGGCAUGCUGGUCUCAUUGAAGCUGGGCAUGGCAUGAUCUGUAAAGCUUAUGCCAUUCUCCUGGUCACCCAUGGACCUUCCCAUCCAAUUACCAAAGACCUGGAGGUCAUGCGUGUCCAGACAGAGAUGGAGCUGCGCAUGUUCCAGCAGAAUGAGUUCAUGUAUUACAAGAUGAGGGAAGCUGCCCUCAAAAACCAAAAGAUUCAAGUCAUGCCUGAACCCACCAAUGAGGCCUCACCCAGUCUCUACCACAAGAAGGAAUAAAACUUGAGCUUGACCCAAAUUCAUGCCUGUGGGAUAGCAUCACCUGUGGCAGCUCCAGACAUAGGGAAUGUGAUAUAUGAAUGUGAUAUAUCCAUAAAGAUUUUUUCCAGUGGCACCAGUCUGAGAACAUGGACCUGCUGGGGGAGAGUGCUGAAAAAUCUUCUGGGGGCUUACAGCAGAGGAGCUCUUUGCAGAAACAACAUCUUUUUUCUAUCACUAGCAUUAAAAAUCAAAGUAAAAAAAUCUGUUAUAAAAUGUUUUAAAUUCUUGUUCAAAGCCUGUUUCCCUCCAGGCAAGUCCUGAUCCUGAAGUCCUUGGUUAAAUUUUUAAUUGAGUCUUUCCUAAGUGUUUUCUUCUAUCACUUUCUUGUGAUGACAUCAUUUCUUUAUAGUGAUGUCUAUGUCUAUGGGUGUUUUACCA